CGACACACACAAGCAGUAUUGGUCGAAACUUGCCAGCCACCAUGUUCUUGCUCCUAUGACUAAGACAGAAAUGGCAGGCCUCACAUAAUACAUCAUCACUGUCUGUCUUAAGGCAUGGUGUUAGUUUGCAAAGUCUGGCACUAUGUGGACUCGUCUCUUCAUUUGUUGUGUUUGGGCCAUUCGAGAGUGUCCUCGACGAUGACACGGUAAAGUGAUCCACGGUAGAGAUUCCAUGAGCCUGUCGGGACCAAUAGUUGAGCCUCGUCUUGGAUCCUUGUUCUCUUGUUCCACGCAUCUUCUGCAUGCACGCUAAUGUUCACCUCAAUCUUACCCACAUGUUUGAAACUUCGUGUCAUGCAGAUGGCCCAGUGCUAAACUAAAUGCCACCUCAAUCAGAUACGGCCGUGCAUCGUUCAACACGCAUGUCAGCCAACCUCCACACCAACGACCCAGCUCUGUCAACGUCAGCCACUUCCCACUUGUCGUUCAUUAUCAAGCACACCCACCCGACUCACAACCCUGGUUUCCUAUCAUCUCAUCCGCCGCCACUACCUUGAUUGAUUUGCCCUCUCAUUCCACUCAGACACUCCUCCACAUGAGGCGGCCUGCAGACCCAUCCCCGCUGCCGCAUAUCCCUUAGUUCGAAGCUACUAUGUCCCUGGCCAGUUCGAAACACCCGCCACACAAGUCAACUGAGCCUACACCGAGAAUCAUUUCUUGGCCUCAACGAAUUUGGUCAUGUUGGAGCAUCUCGUGGGUUCGCACGCUUCCUUUCAACUGGAUUCAUAUCCCAGGCUGGGUGUUUACACCUGGGUUCCCCCUGUGUUCAAAUUCGAGCCAUUCGGGCACUAAACUCUCCGCCUCGUCCCCCUGCUCCUCCUCCAGCUCCUCGCCCACUCACUCCCGCCCAUCAAGUGCCGUGAAAUGGUCCAAAAUGUACAAAAGUCUUUUGUUCCAAUUGGGUCCGUCGCUGCGAAUGGUGACCAUUCGGCUGAUUCUACUCUUUUCCUUGUGUUCCCCUCCGACAACGCAUGGGCGUUCCUUACUGAACGCGGGGAACCCCGACGCCAAACGGCUUUACGAUGAUCUCUUGUCCAACUACAACAAACUAGUUCGUCCUGUUGUCAAUACCACCGAUCCACUCACAGUGCGGAUUAAAUUAAAGCUGUCGCAAUUGAUAGACGUGAACUUGAAAAAUCAAAUCAUGACCACGAAUUUGUGGGUGGAACAAUUUUGGUUCGAUUACAAGCUUGUGUGGGACCCAAGCGAGUAUGGAGGAGUUCAGCAGCUUCAUGUGCCGUCCGACCACAUUUGGAGACCAGAUAUUGUUUUGUACAACAACGCCGACGGCAACUUCGAGGUGACGUUGGCCACGAAGGCCACGCUCUCGUACAAUGGUCUCGUGGAGUGGAAACCGCCAGCCAUUUACAAAUCGUCGUGUGAAAUUGAUGUGGAAUAUUUCCCCUUCGACGAGCAAACGUGUGUCAUGAAAUUCGGCUCGUGGACCUAUGAUGGUUUUCAGGUUGAUCUACGCCAUUGGUGCGAAGUAGAAGGAACAAACACGGUACCACUUGGCAUUGACUUGUCUGAGUUCUACAUGUCUGUGGAAUGGGACAUCCUGGAAGUGCCAGCAGUUCGGCACGAGAAGUUCUAUACGUGUUGCGAUGAGCCCUACUUGGACAUAACAUUUAACAUUACGAUGAGAAGGAAAACGUUGUUCUACACCGUGAAUCUCAUCAUUCCAUGUAUGGGUAUCUCCUUCCUCACAGUCCUCACCUUCUAUUUGCCAUCCGACAGUGGAGAAAAAGUAACCCUCUCCAUAUCAAUUCUCACCAGUUUGUAUGUGUUCUUCCUGCUGGUAGUAGAAAUUAUUCCGCCAACAUCUCUUGUGGUCCCACUCCUGGGAAAAUACCUUAUAUUUGCAAUGAUUCUGGUGUCCAUAAGUAUAUGUGUUACUGUCGUGGUGCUUAACGUCCAUUUCCGUUCUCCUCAAACUCAUAAAAUGGCGCCAUGGGUCAAAAGGGUUUUCAUUCAUAUUCUUCCACGAUUGCUCAUCAUGAAACGGCCACAGUUCCAACCCGAUAAACACUCAUCAUUUCGCAAAGUGAUGUUACGAACUUGUAUGGGAACAGAGACCUCCACCACCAAGGAGGUGUCCAGCUUUCCCGAGAAGAAGUCUGCCCAGCUGUUUGAUAAUGGCGAUAUUUUUAGAGCAAAAAAAUCCGACGACUUUUGUGAGGUAUUCUCCGAUAUAUUUCCUGAGAAUAUUCCAGGACUGCCCAGGCACAGACCAAGUCUUUUUUCACCAAGAUUGUCAGAAGACGAAGAUGACUUGUACCAAUCGGAUUGUCGAGUUCACGGUGCUAGCUUACUACACGAGGAAGAGCGAGAGGCUCUGAAUCCUGUGGCCGUAGAUGGACAUUUGAGUGGAGGCUCGAGUCCACAUCCACCCAUGGGGCCAGGGGAUCUUCCUCCAUACGACCACUCCAAUUGCUCGACUCAGCUCCACAAGGCUUGUGCAUGCGUCAAUUUCAUAGCUGAACACACAAAGGCCAAGGAAGAGGCCACAAAGGUCAAGGAAGACUGGAAGUAUGUGGCCAUGGUGCUGGAUCGCUUGUUCCUGUGGAUCUUCACUUUGGCUGUGUGCGUUGGAACGGCAGGAAUUAUACUGCAAGCUCCCAGUCUUUAUGAUGAUCGAGUGCCCAUAGAUCGAGAAAUAUCAGAUAUUGGUAUUGAACCUCAUCUAAGGACCCGGAAGAAGGAAAAGAUUAGGAGCUUGAGCAGUUGCUAGUCUUCGUCGUCGUCGUGGCCGUGGCCGUGGCCGUCGUCGUCGUCGUCGUCGCCGUCGUGCGCGAUGAAGGACUAAUCCAAGUAACGAACUCGAUGCACAUCCAAUUCACUGACCAGCCAGCCCACCAGCCACAAACAAACAAACAAACAAACAUAUGCUUCAUACAACCAACCGCCCACAUCCAUCGUUGGCUACUUUUCAAUGGAGCUCUCCUUGUAUACAAGCUCUGCUCUUGUUAUUCUUAUGUUCCUCGCUCCAAGUUCUAAUCUCGAGAGCAAGACUCGGGCCACAUUUACGUAUAAAAAGGGCCUCUUCGGUUGGCACUCGCCCACCACUGCCAUCUUUCUCGCUAUGAGUAUCGCAAUCAAGUUCGCUCGUGCUCCACAUAUGAUUAGUUCGAUCCCACGAGGUCACAGGUUUUGACGCGAGGAUCACUUCCAGACGAACGCUUCAAAACAAAAAGAGUGGAUGGAUAGAUAGAGUGGAUGGAAAGAUGAAUAUAUGGAUGGUGAUAAUCAUGAUGAUAAGAUGGACUGAUGUUUUGUUUGAAACAGAACUUCUACAGAUUGGGCGCACUGAAGCAAAAACAAGAGUGCAACAGUACUUACAUAAAAAAUCCUAGGUUUUUGUUGUCAUUUUCUGUUUUAUGAUGCUGAUGAAAAUUCUUGCCCGCUGAUCCUCCAUGCGAAGAAAGUGCAACCCGACGAUGAAUAAUGAACCGACGAAUCACAAGCUUGGGUGGGGCUGCUUGCGAAUAGUCAAAAAAAAGAAGAAGAAGAAGAACCAUGGAGAAAGAUAUCGUUUUUGAUAUCCAUAGCAAUACAGCAAACAAUAGACUAGAAGAAUCCACUGACCAAAAUGCUUCUUACUUCGGACAGUGCCACAACCCUCUCAUCGAAGGACAACGAUUACGACAUCAAGAAUAUAUACCCAGGGAUGGAUCUCAUCACGGGUUGGGUGAAUGUAUGUGCACGAAUUUGGUAGGGCCCCCACCCUAUGUCGAACCAACCACCACUGAUAGUAUUGGCAGGGCUAUUGACGAACAAUGCACAUCGUAAUAGGGCUUUAGGGUUUACAAAGAGCCAAACCCAAACAUUGAUUCAAUGUCAUUUUUUUCAAAAUCCAUCCACGUCUACAAACACCCUUAUCCUUGAGAUGAGCAUCCUCGUCGUCCUCGUCACUGACUUGAAAAUCAUCGUAAUCAACCACAACCACGACGACCACAAUUUUCAUUACAUCGAAAAAGAAGAAAAAGAAGAGGAAGAUGCUGGGUGGAUUCGAUUGAUUCAAUUGUAAAAUACUGCUAGUUCAUAUUUAUCGUAACCGAGGAGUGAGGAAGUGUUGCCACCACAGGUCUAAAGACUACAAAUAUGUCCCCGCCACUUCAUUACUGAAUACUAUGGAACGUAAAAUGCCGCCACACCCACCGUCUCUGAAUCACUUUUGAGCAUGCUCUUCUCUCCUGACAAUGCUUCUACGUGUCAACUAUAGCGAUGAUGACGGUGGUGGUGGUUGUGGUUGUGGUCUGUAGUGGUUGGUGAGGAUGCAGUGGUGGAAGGGCCAAUGGUCAUUCCAAUUGUGGGGUGGGGGCAACCAUCUGAACUCAUGCAAACAUCUACUAAACUACUGCUGCUAUUAAUAUUACUACUACUACUACUAUUAUUAUCAUUAUUAUAAUUAUUACUACUACUACUACUAUCGCUAUACUACUAAAACUACUAAUAUUACUAUUCAAUUACAUUAUAAUUGCUACUUGCGUCACCACAUUAUGAAGAAAAAUAUGAAUUGCAGAUUUGUAUUUUUCAGUACUCGGAGGAAAUCGUUCACGCGUGUUGUUAGUGCCCUUGCAUGACACAAUCUGUAAUUCAUAGAGUAAUUAUUUUUCAAUACUGGUGCUUAGCAAUCUCAUAUUUACAGAGCAUAGCAGAUGCAUGGGCCAAUUCUGUGGCAUGUUUUUGUAUAUCCAAUUACAAUUUUAUACUGAUUUAAGUAAUAAAUAUAAUUCCUAUGA